GCGGUCACGUGAUGCGACCGCGGGACGCGUCAGUAGCGCCAAGCGCAUUUGGCGGGCUCGUCGCGUUUAGACGGCGUCGUUCGUGACUGCUCGCGAGUCUUUCGUGCUGUGUGCGUGUCGAAUAUCCACGUCGCGCAAUGGCUGGCGGUAAGGCGGGCAAGGACUCUGGCAAGGCAAAGGCAAAGGCGGUCUCGCGCUCGGCUAGGGCCGGCCUGCAGUUCCCGGUAGGCAGAAUUCACAGGCAUUUGAAAAACAGAACCACGAGUCAUGGUCGAGUAGGCGCUACUGCGGCAGUGUAUAGUGCGGCCAUUUUGGAAUACCUCACGGCCGAGGUGUUGGAGUUGGCGGGAAACGCAUCAAAGGAUUUGAAAGUUAAACGUAUUACACCUAGACAUCUGCAACUUGCCAUACGUGGUGAUGAAGAAUUAGAUAGUCUUAUUAAAGCUACUAUUGCAGGAGGAGGUGUCAUUCCACAUAUCCACAAAUCGCUUAUUGGCAAGAAGGGUUCGCAGAAGCCAGCAUAAUUUAGCGAUAAUUGAUAUUGAACAUUUCAUUAUUCGUGGGCAAAUGGGAGGAGGAAAGAGUUGAUCCAGUGUUUGUUGACAAAGUGUACCUAGGUUACUAAAUCGAUGGCGAGACUGGCGUGAUAUAUACAUAGAGAUAUAUAUAGAUAUAUAAAUAAAACAGUAUAUUGAUAUAUAAUUUAAUAUAGAUAAAAAUGAGAGUAAAGAAAAAAGACAAAUGUUCAUCACACAAUUAACAAAUGGGCAAGACAGGGAGAAUCGUAAACCGAGAGUAGGAAAUUUUUAGUGUAUUGCGAGCGAUGCGUUGUAGCAUGGCUUGUUCGAGGUAACGACAGUCUUUGGUACAGUUUGCAACUUACGAACACUGCGGAUGCAUCAGAAGGCGUGUGAAAACGUCUUCAAACUAUGUUUAAUUAUUUACGAUACACCGCGGACGAAGCUAUCGGUUCUUGUAUCGAAUCACUAUUGCUUAAUUUUAUUUCAUUUAAAUCAUUUUUAAAUUGCGUUAUCCUACUGUCAAAGAAAUGUCUUAUUAAUUUUUUCUUAAACAAAGUAUCAUUUUCGAUAAUUUUGUUUUCACAAAGAUAUUGAUUGUAGCGUUACGUGUAACGUUACGUUCAAUUUGGUUCAUUGUUCAGCGUUUAAAAAGUUUUUAUAUACAUUGAAUUUAUUGUAUACGCCAACAUGCGAUAUUCUAACAUAUGGAUAAAGUAGUAAAGAUUUCCUUAUCGUCGGAUUCGUCACAGCGGAAAAAAAAGAAAUGCAAGGCGGACGUUUACACAUGUGACUUCCGAGUUCACGACUCGAAUGACUCCACAUUUUGCCAAAUGCGUAUAGAAAUAUAUGAUAAAGUUUCCAGUCUUCGAACUGCUAUUUAAAUAUUGUCUCAAAAUCUUUGACCAAUCUUCUUUCACCAGUACUCAAGUUUUUUUUGCGCGUUUUCCCUGUCGGAUCACAACACAGUCAUUAUAGAAGUCAAUUCCAGAAUUUGGAAAGUUUAUGUGAUUCAACCUAAUUUAACAAAACAAAUAUCAAAAAUUGUAUGGCUUAAAUUUGCGAAAUUAAACAAACCUUUAAUCUCGGUAAAGAAAUUAGACUGUAAAUUGUUUAAUUGUAUUGCAAAUUUUUUGCGAUCUAAACAAUAGCGAAGACUGACACUUCAAUUCUUGUAAAAUAUAAUCGGAGAUAUAGAUAUAGAAAUACGAUUCGAGAUAUCCGAAAGUUUAUUAGCACAUAUAAGGACGUGUGUAUUUUUAUUUUUGCUUCAAUCAUUUUCUUUUGAUGUUUGUCACUUCGUUAUCUGUAUGAUUCAGACAAUUUUGACUGUACCUUUACGGAAUAACGCACCAUAUAUUAAACACCA